CAACUAAAGCUCCUCGACAGCUACUCUGCCCAUUCACCUCUGUGUUACUACAGAAAUGCCUUGGGAACACAGAACGGUCCUGCUCUGUGCUUUGACAGUCUGCAUCACAUCUCUGGUGGUGGGUGUGGAGGAAAGGCGGACAGAUGAUGAGUGUGCUGAUGUAAACAACACCACCUGGCUGGAGUACCGGCAGCAGAGAGACAAGCUGCAGGUGCAGUACCUGCUGCUGACCAGGAGAAACGAGGACUGUGCUCACAUGUUCACCCAGGAGUCUCUCACUGCAACACAGCGUCCCUCGUACUUCGACAUGUCCCGCCCGACCAAGGUCAUCAUCCACGGGUACAGGGCAAUGGGCAGUAAGCCGUCCUGGGUGAUGGAGCUGGCCCGAGCCCUGCUCAGGGUGCAGGAUGUGAACGUGCUGGUGGUGGACUGGGUCUACGGUGCCUCCUUCGCCUACAACCUGGUGGUGGAGAAUUACAAGGAGGUGGCUGUGCAGAUCUCUGUCCUCAUCAACCAGCUGCAGACACAUGGAUGCAAACUGGACUCCUUCCACUUCAUCGGGGUCAGUCUCGGGGCACAUGUCGCCGGUUUUGUUGGGACUCUUUUCGAGGGGAAGAUAGGAAGAAUCACGGGCCUUGACCCUGCUGGACCCAUGUUUAAAGGAGCUGAUACCUUUGACCGGCUGGACCCCUCUGACGCUCAGUUUGUCGAUGCCAUCCACACAGACUCCGACUAUUUUGGCAUUUCCAUCCCUGUGGGUCAUGUGGACUUCUUCCUGAACGGAGGGAAGGAUCAGACCGGGUGUGCCCGCUCCAGGUUUGCCUCAAUGUAUGGCUAUGUGAUAUGUGACCACAUGAGGGCGCUGCAUGUAUACAUGAGCGCGCUGAACGGCUCGUGCCCGCUGGUGGGGAUCCCGUGCUUCAGCUAUGAGAACUUCCUGAAGGGACGCUGUGUGGACUGUGACGUCUUCAAGGGGGUAUGUCCAACCAUAGGUUUAUCAGAAAACAGUGGCAUAGCCGUAUCUCCAAUCCCCAAAGAGCAGAAGCUAUUCCUCCUCACGUCUUCUUCGCCACCUUUCUGCACUCACCACAUCCUGCUGGAGCUGGAGGUUUCCCCUCUGGAUAAGAGUGCUGAGGUGGAGGUGACACUGAGGACUGAGAACGUGGGGAAAGAGAAGAGGCUCAGGCUUCAGACAGAUAUGACAGUGUACAGGACGGUGCUGGCUCACCCUGUGGCUCUGUGUGAGAUCCACUCCAUCGAGCUGAAGAACACCGGAUCUCGGUUCUACCGACAGGGAGACGUCCACGUCAAGUCCGUCUGCGUCUCCGAGUUCCCCUCUCUCAGGCGAGAGAAGCCGCUGUGUGUGAACAACAUCAACAUCAGACGAGGAGCUCCGUGGUCACAUGACUUUGUGCAGGUGUGUGGCAUCUUCUGAACAAAGAGAUCUACUCAAAGGACAGCGGAAAAAGCCACCUGGAGGUCGCCCACGGCUACCGGCACAACGUCACUUUCACACUUUCACACUUUCACCACCUUGUUUCAUGUUAAGAAAAAUGAUCAGAGACUUAAAUCUUCAUGCGUGGAGCCAAAGAACCACAUUUUAUUCUGGAGAGGACACUAAUAUUCUACGCAUUAUCCGGCCAUUCUUUAUUAUUUAGCUCAGUUAUUUGGCUAAUCCGCUGAUCUUCCAGCAUCACGACUGUGGUAAAAAGAACAGAUCUAGAGCAUCUUUAGCAUUUUUUCGUCGUGUGUUUGCCUCCUCGCUCCGCCUGCCUCUGAGAACUGCUCACAGAGCCAAAGCUCUGCUGUAGUCUGCUUUAAGGAUGCUUCACGUUCUCAUGUGUUUUCUGACAUGUUCUUUUAGUGCUGCUGAAUGCAGCCUGCCUUUAAAGGACAAGCAAUAAACUGAACUAGGCUUUGAUGUUUGAAGGUUGAAUAAUUAUUAAUUACUAAUUUGUGUGUUUGAUACAUAAAUGGAAACAGUGAAUACAAUCUUAGACUCAAAACUGCUGCUCAUCCAAAACAAAUUGAAAAAAGAAAAAAUGCAUUGAAAAAAGAAUCUUUUGUAUAUAACUCCAUACUGAAUGAUUAGUUCAAGAGGAGAUUUCCUCGCCUGCUAAUGUAUAAAUAAUUUGAGGACAAACAGGGUGCUAUAAGCUCAGUGUUGGUGGUCUUGUGACAGAUACGACAGGAAGUAGACAGUCAAAGAAAACAAACUACAUUUUCACUGCAAACAAAGAGCUUUAUGGAGAAAUGUUGGCCCCAUGAGAAUACUUCUUAAAAACACUUUUUCAUUUUAGUCCCAUUUCUCUAUUCUGGAAGUCAAUAACAGACAUUGCAAUUCACAGUAUACAUGUGUGUAUUAAAUACUGAAUUAGUUACAAAAAAUUAAAAAACAUGGUCUACAGGCAUCCAAUAUAUCACCAAAGAAGAAGUAAGAGGUUGUCCUCCAGAUGAGUUCGGUGUCAUGCUGUGAAAAUCAGUACAAGUUCACCUCUUAGACGGCAUACAUUUCUUACACUGAAGCAAGUCGUGGUGCAUUCAGAUCAAUAAUAACAGUAAUAAACAUGCCCAACAAAAAAAAGAGAGUGAAAUGGAGAAAAUCUACACUGCCAAGUUGCAGGUUUUGUACCUAAAUUGUUCAUCUGGUCUGGAAAGUUCUCAAGAAAAUGCAAAAAACUAAAUAUUUGAAAGGAUUAUGAAUAAAUAUGAUUUGAAGAAGGUGUUGUAGCUCUUAUUGAUUUAUAUGAUGUGAUGCUUUUUAAUUGAUCGCUGUUCAAA